GGAGCGCGCGUCCGCUCCGGCGCGCUGUCACGCUCCGCAACCGACAGGCACGAGAAUUCCAGGGAGGAAGUCGCUGAGAUUCAGAGCCGCGCGACAACUAAAAGGAAAAAGCGGGAUAAGGAAGCCGAGGCCGGGCGGCACAGAGGGAAGGACCGGGACAAAGUCGUCCUCGGGGUGGUGGUGGUCGUGGUGGUGGGGGGGGGCAGAAGGAAACUCGGAACCGGGACAUGGACUAGAGGCGCCGGGCCGCAGCAGAUGGAGGCGGCGAGAAGUUUGGUGCUGGUCGGGGCCGCGCUGCUGGCGGCGACGGGCGCGUUGGGGAGAGAAGUAUGGUGCCUGGGCACAGACAUGAAACUGACCCUGCCCUCCAGCCUGGAAAACCACUACGAAGACCCUGAAGCUGCUCUACACCCGGCUGCAAAGGUCGUCCACGGCCACCUGGAGAUCACGCACCUUCAUGGAGACCUCGACCUCUCCUUCCUACAGGGGAUCGUGGAGGUCCAGGGCUACGUGCUCGUGGCUCAUGUGUCCGUGAGCCUGUUGCCUUUGGACAACCUUCGGAUCAUAAGAGGCAGCCAGCUGUACAACUCCAGCUACGCCCUGGCCGUGCUGGAUAACACUCUGGGCGGACGGGGGCUCAGGACGCUGCGGCUUCGUAGCCUCACCGAGAUCCUGUUGGGUGCCGUGUUUAUUUGGGGCAACCCCCAGCUGUGCUUCCCAGACCCCCAGAACAUUGUUUGGAGGGAUACUUUGGACGAGAAGAACGACCACGCCGGGAAGCACCGACUGCAGCCUCGGGCCAAUAACUGUCCAAAUUGUUCCCCCGUAUGUAAGACGGGCUGCUGGGGAGAAACUGGGGAGGACUGCCAGCACUUGACCCGUAUUAAUUGUGCGUCCGGCUGUCAGCGCUGUAAAGGCCCCAAUGCUCAUGACUGCUGUCACAUGCAGUGUGCUGCUGGGUGCACCGGACCCAAAGACCUGGACUGCCUGGCCUGCCGCCACUUCAACGACAGCGGCGUGUGUAAGGAGAACUGCCCGCCGCCAACGAUCUACGACCCCGUCACCUAUCAGAUCAAAAUCAACCCCAACAGGAAGUUCAACUUUGGAGCCACCUGCGUCAAGACGUGUCCCUAUAACUAUCUGGCCAUGGAGGUGGCUUGUACUUUGAAUUGUCCCAAAGCCAACCAGGAAGUUGUCGUCAAGAACCCCGAUGGAAACGAGAUGCAGAAAUGUGAAAAGUGUGAAGGAGACUGUCCCAAAGUGUGCUACGGUCUGGGUUCGGACAACCAGGGGGCCAUUGACAACCAAGGCAUCGCCAUGGUAACGUCGGCUAAUGUGGAGCAGUUCAACAAGUGUAAGAAGAUUUUCGGUAGUCUGGCCUUCCUCCCCCAGAGCUUUGCAAGUGACCCUGCGAGCAACACAUCAGGUCUGACCUUCGAGCACCUGCGCAGCUUCAAGAACCUGGAGGAGAUAACGGAUUAUUUGUACAUCGAAGCCUGGCCAGAGGAGUGGAGUAACCUCAGUGUGUUUGAGAACCUGAAGGUGAUCCGAGGCAGGAUGCUCUACAAGGGCGUGUUUUCACUGGCCGUCCAGAAUCUUCACAUCCGGUCUCUGGGGUUGCGUUCACUGCGCAGCGUCAGCGGAGGUUUGGUCCUGUUGCACAACAACUCCCAGCUGUGCUACACCAGCUCCCUGCCCUGGGACAGCCUGCUGCAUCCCACCGAGGGGCCUCACCGCAUCGUCAGCCACAACCAGGACGCCCAACUCUGUGAGGAAGAGGGGCGUGUUUGUCACCCGCUGUGCAAGGGGGGCUGCUGGGGGCCGGGGCCCAGCCAGUGUGUGUCCUGCAGUGCUUUCCAACGUGGCAUUGAGUGCGUGAAGCAGUGUGACAUCAACCAGGGGUCUGUCCGUGAAUACACAGACGGAUCUUUGUGCGUCGCCUGUCACGCGGAGUGUCAACCGGUCAAUGGCUCCGCCUCCUGUCACGGCCCGCGGGCGGAUCAAUGCACCGAGUGUCGACACUACCAGGACGGCGAGUUUUGCGUGGAGCGCUGUCCCAGCGGCGUGAAGGAGGAUCAGCAGACCGUGUGGAAGUACAGCAACGCCACGGGACACUGUCUGCCCUGCAACACCACCUGCACGCUGUCCUGCACCCUGAUGGACGAGAGAGGCUGCCCCGUCGACACCAGGACAGGACCGGGCACAACAAUCGCGGCCGCAGUGGGUGGAGUGGUGCUGGUCUUCAUCCUGCUCGCCCUGCUGGUCUUCUACCUGAGGCGACAGAAGAUCCUCAGGGAGAAGGAGGCCAUGAGGAGGAUCCUGCAGGAACACGAGCUCGUGGAGCCUCUGACACCCAGCGGCGCGUCACCCAAUCAGGCUCAGAUGCGCAUCCUGAAGGAGACAGAGUUAAAAAAACUCCGGGUUCUGGGUGCAGGCGCCUUCGGUACCGUUUACAAGGGAGUGUGGGCUCCUGAUGGGGAGAACGUGAAAAUACCGGUGGCCAUUAAGGUGUUACGAGAGAACACCUCGCCAAAGGCCAAUAAAGAGAUCCUCGAUGAGGCCUACGUGAUGGCCGGCGUGGCCAGCCCCUACGUGUGCCGUCUGCUGGGGAUCUGUCUGACCUCCACGGUGCAGCUGGUCACGCAGCUGAUGCCGUACGGCUGCCUCCUGGACUACGUCAGGGAGAACAAGGACCGCAUCGGCUCCCAGUUCCUCCUCAACUGGUGUGUCCAGAUCGCCAAGGGGAUGAGUUAUCUGGAGGACGUCCGGCUGGUCCACAGGGAUUUGGCCGCCCGCAACGUUCUGGUGAAGAACCCGAACCACGUGAAGAUCACCGACUUCGGUCUGGCCCGUCUGCUCGAUAUCGACGAGACCGAAUACCACGCCGACGGAGGGAAGGUUCCGAUAAAGUGGAUGGCGCUCGAGUCUAUUCUGCACAGGAAGUUUACUCAUCAGAGCGACGUCUGGAGCUACGGCGUGACGGUCUGGGAGCUGAUGACGUUUGGGGCUAAACCCUACGACAUGAUCCCCGCCAGAGAAAUCCCAGACGUCUUGGAGGAAGGAGAACGGCUCCCCCAGCCCCUCAUCUGCACCAUCGACGUCUACAUGAUCAUGGUCAAAUGUUGGAUGAUCGACCCCGACAGCAGGCCGCGGUUCACAGACCUCGUCAGCGAUUUCAGUGUAAUGGCGAGAGAUCCGCCUCGCUACGUCGUCAUCCAGAACGACGAGCAGAUGAGCAUGUCCAACCCGGUGGACAGCCAGUUCUUCCGGAUGCUUCUGGAGGAGGAAGGGAACAAUAUGAGGGAGCUGCUGGAUGCUGAGGAGUACCUGGUGCCUCAGACGAACCCCUUCUCCAGGACUCAGGUGGACGGGGCUCCGCCCAACGGGCCCUCCAGACACCAGUCGCACCGGAGCAGAGAUCAGGGUCUAGACGGCGAGUCCUCGGCCCCCGGCGGCCCCCGCAGCAUGUACUCCUCCCUGAGCACCCUCGGGCGCAGCCAGUACGCCACCUUACCUCUAGGGGUCUGCAGCCCCAGCGGCGAGUGGAUUCCCCAGUACCGGACUCUGGACCGCAGCCCCUCGGCGGGGGGGCAGUCGGACUCGGUCUUCCUGGACGGGCCGCCGGACGACGCCUCGCUGCCCCCGGCCAGCCCCGGGCGCUGCUGCCGAGACCCCGCCUACUCCAACGGCAGCCAGGGCGACCUGGAGACGGACAGGCCGAGCGGCUUCCCCCCCCCGCACCUCCUUCACCACUCGCUGCCCCGGCGGAGUCGCGGGCAGGUUCACAGUCACGCCUUGCCAGAGUACGUCAACCAGGAGAUUCGGGACCCGAGGUCGGGGGUCGCCGAGCGGCCCAGCACGCUGCCCCGUAAGGGCUCCCGGGCCGACCGGCGGCCCCCCAACGGCCUCUGCUCCGGCCACAGCGUGGAGAUCCCGAGGGCCCUCACCUCGCCAGCCUUUGACAACCCGUACUACCUGGACCUUGUGGCCAAAGCCAACGCCGUGGCCGGGGCGGCGGCGGCGGCCGACGGCCCCGAGGCAGUGGAGAGAGACGGGAGAGGGCCCAGGCACGUGAAUGGGUUCGUGACCCCCACUGCGGAGAAUCCGGAGUACCUGGGACUAGCGGAAACCUGGAGCGGAUAUACUUGAGGGGAUGGACCGGGGGGGGGCGGCGGCAACGCGAUGGACUCGAGAGGAGUCGCAGCUCGCGCUGCACUGAGGGACAGGGAAGGCAAAGACGAGCCCGCGUCUCACUGGUGUCGCACCCGGAGCGACAUCGAGCCAAGCACCCGGAUUUCAAACGACGUCGACGACGGAUCCCCCAGUUGUGACACCGAGUAGCAUUCGUCUGGUGUCCGCGUCAUUAUUUGUCCUCCUGUCUUUCUCUCAGCGGGACAUUAAGUGCCGAAACCGAAUCGGCACAUUUGUCCAGACCACCGCGUCACGAGAGGGGGGGGCUGCUCAUCACAGAACCCAACAGCUCACUGGAUCAAUGAAUGCUGAGUGCUUUUUUGUUGUUGUUGUUUUUUUUAAACGUCCAUUCGACCUGUUAAACGUGGUCGUUGUUCUCACACGUGAAGCAGUAUUUUGUGCGUCCUCCGGUUCCCUCGUGCUGUUUACUGUUCGGUCCCGCUGAACGGAGGAGGCGGCGCUGAGAGCUCUUCGACAAAGCGAGCCCUGAUGCGUAUUGAAGGUGGCGUUUGGUAUUCUGGUCACUCCGUCUCCGACCUGAUGGGGGUCUUCAACACACUCAAAGCCAUUUUGUUCUGAGAAAGGCCCCCGCAGCCCAUCUGGCCAGUGAACAUGCUCCCUGAAAGAAAGACGUCCUGUGUGGAGAAGACAGAGGCUUUGUGCCGCCCUGACGUAUGAGCUCUCUGCAGCUACUUUGUGGGACAGCAGAUGAGUUGAGCGGCAUCGAAGCCGCUAAAUAUCUAAAAAUGUGUAUUUUUGUGUUAAAGACCCAGCGUACGUUUAGCGUAAGUCAGAGCCAACGAUUCAGGGAUUUGAAAUAUGUCGAAUAAUUAAGGAUGAUCUUGUGCAUUUUGAGUAUUGCACUAUGCACUACAUGGACACUGCCUGUGUUCCCUCCAUGCUUGCGUUCUCGCGAUGAACUUUUUAGUUUUUAUUUUGUUGUCCUUGCACUGUGCAAAAAGCAACACAAGCUACUGGUGAGUGUAUUCCACGGGAAGGUGAAGAAUCUGCAUGUGUCCGUACAUGCGUCUGCUCCCAUUCGAUAGAACAGAAAGCCCUUCUGCCGGCGGUGAGCAACACGCUCUCGGCUGAAUGUGAAAGCGAGGAGGCCCCCCCCCGAAACAUCGGUUGGGAUAAUCAAUGCAUAGCUGGAAUUCCACUGCGCGAGAAGCCCCGGCGUCCCAGUUAAUGAUCGACGGCGUUUCUGUUUUCAUGUCAACUGGUGUCGAGGCUCGGGGAGGUCACCACCGAGUCAAAGGGGCCAUUGUGUCCGCGUAGGAAAGACGGCGCUCGCCCAACUCUCGCUUCCCCAGCGGCUGACGUGGCCUCGGGACGCGGAGAACGAGGCUCAAGAUCCCGAAUCUCCAUCUGCGACGCCGGUUUUACUCCCAAGGUCCUUUUGUCGUGAUGUUGUCACUUUGUCAAAUGGGUUUUUGAAGAUUUCUGUUCCACAGAAAGGAUCUCCAAAAGUUCAACCGGAUUUUCUGUAACAAUUACAGAAAAAUAACAUGGUGACAUGUUUUUUAGUUGAAUACUGUCAAACACUAACAUUAUUGAGAAGAUAAUUGUUAUUGAGUGACGUGAUUCACAUAACUGUAUAAAGGAUAUACUGUACAGUUCUUUGUUGCUGCACCUCAUUGCUCAUCAUAAUGUAAGAAGAGAUGAAUAAUUCAACACAGUCCUUAGAUUUACUGAAAUGUAUUUUUGCAUUGGUUCUGUUGUUGCUCUUGAAUUGAACUUUAAAGGUACAACCUCUGACCUUUUCUAUACUACUUAAUUGCACCAUUGACUCCUUUUAAAA